CCUAAUGAGGCUAUUUUCAUAUUAUUGAUUGAAUAAUUUUGGGCUUUGGUAUUAGACACCAAAAUAAUAACGUGUACUUCAACAAAUUUAAUUUUUUUUUAUGUUAUUAUCAUCAUUAUAUAAACUCAGGAACAAUCUUUGAGUUGCGGACAAUACAUGAGAGGCUGACUUAUUGUUAUGGAUAGAGUGGGAGCUCGAUCUUUUGAAAUGUCGACUGAAAGACUAUUCCAAUGCAACGAUAUAAUUAGAGGACCACCACCUGUUCAUCUCCUAAAAAUUUGAGGGAAUGACGUUGUACUUCGGCAUCAAUCUCACAUAUUACAAGCUAAUCCAACAAGUGAGUACACAAUUAUCAAAAUAGGUAAGGAUGAGGAAGACCAAACCACUAACGAUAUGUUUGACUUGAUCGAGGUAAAUUAAAUUUGAAAAAAGUACGAUCAAUGAUAAUAAAAAAUUUGUGCUAGCAUCAAUUAGAAUUGGAUUUUAAUACCAUGCACGGUUUAUACAGAGAUAUUUUUUAAUAUAAUUCACAUAAUGGUCGAUUAAGGGAGCUACGUGUUUGAUUAACACACUUGGUUGUGAUCAAGAGAGCCGAUGAUUUAAUUAUUAAAAUUGUAAUUAAUUAUUUAACUAUCAUAUUCAGCAUCCCGCCACCCUUGCAACAGAGCUCCUGUUAUCGGAGAGAAUUCCUCAGACACAAUUAGUGUAUGGUUUAAUGGCGUGGUCAAGUGUGGCCAAGGGGUAGUAUUGGCUUCGUAGGCUUCCAAGCGACAUGUUAAUAUUCUUUUUUCCUUCGGAAAGUAUUAUGAUGGAAUACGCGUUCCAUUUGUAAUGGCAAGUUUAGCAUUACGAGAUGCCAUACACUAGUGCAUAACACACUCUUUUCUUUUCCGUCAAAUUUCACGGGAAUUAUCAAUAAUUGAUUCGGUGGAUGGUGGACGGUGACUUGGCUCAUGAUCGGGAUGGAGCUAUCUUGGAGGAUGCUCGGAGCUUGAUUUUUCUCUUUAGCUGGGUUUCUUACUGUUUUAUUCCCCGUGGACUCAAAAGACCCUCUCAUUGGGAGUUUGACUAUCGGUCGACUCCUGCGCUCUUCUUAUUUCCUCUAUAUGACUGAACUUAUAACACUUGAUUUAAUUCUUUCACUGCAUGCGUGAAAGUAUGGAUGAUCUGAUUUGUAUUGAAUAUGGAAGUUUGCUUUCUUUCCUACUAACUUGCAGUGAAUUAUAUUUUCCGAAAAUUUUAUCUAUAAUAUAUUUUCACAAAUUAUGAUUCGAUAAAACCACCCCAUAUGUUGUACUUUUGAAUGUCAAUAAUCUAAAUUUAUAAUGUUGAUGUAGGAGAACAAGAAUAACACUACUAAUGGUGGAUUUAGUGCAUACGGUGCUAGAGAUGAUGAUGAUGAUGAUGAUGUUGAGAAGAAGAAAGAUAUUGUUUAUGAGGAAGGUAUAAAGAUUGGUGAUGUAGAAAAAGAAGAAAUCCAAGAUGAUAUUCGUAACUUGGAUGAGGUAAUUUCUACUCUAAUGAAAAAGAAGAUUUCUAUUUGCAAAUAUAUUCUACCAUCAAAUUUUUGUGCUCAAUGAAAUGAAGGAAAAUAAGGAAUAACUGAAAUUCAAAGAAGAAUAAAAAGUCAAUUGAUAUUGGAGAUAAAUAUGUCGCGAAUGGAUAUGAAGACAUUAUCUAUAGUGAUGAUAAGGAUGUUGCUCAUGCAGGAGGAAAUGCAAACAAGUGAAAAAAAAAACAUGCAAUAAUAUUCGGGGUAACUAUGUUGUAUGAUGCGGUUAAAUUGGCCCAAAUUGAUUCGGUUUUGGUCCGGUAUUUUUGGAAAUAUACGAACCAAAGAUUGGAUUGGAUACAGUCCGGUCUUAACCCAGUCCGGUCUUGACCCGGUCCGGUCCCAAUUCAGUCUUGAUUUUAGAUUGAACUUGUGGGGUUUGAGUGGCCCGAGACAUCAAAGGGUGAGGAGUUGGUUAAGUUUUGGGUGUUGGGCUCUCUUAUCUGGUCUUUAUCUGAUUUUCGGUACGAUUCCGAACGGUUUUUUACCUUAAAUCUAAGCUCGAAGAUGGGAUUGGAUUGUUUGCUAUCAAGUGCUAGUCCGAUCUCGAUUAGGGUUAUACGGUCCAGUUUCAGCUAAAACCAAAAAGCCCGGACCAAAUAGCUACCACUAAAUAAUAUAUGAUGAUGAGGAAUAAUUACAGGGGCCAUUUUAAUUGGUAUUCAGUUCCCUUGCAUAUUAAUAAUUUGAUUUCUCUUAUUCAGGAAUAUACGGACCAAAGAUUGGAUUGGAUACAAUCCAAUCUUGACCCGGUCCGGUCCCAAUUUGGUCUUGAUUUUAGAUUGAGUUUGUGGGGAUUUGAGUGGCCUGAGGUAUCAAAGGGUGAGGACUUGGUUAAGUUUUGGAUGUUGGGCUCUCUUAUCUGGUCUUUAUCCGGUUUUUGGUCCGAUUUCGAACGGGUUUUUUUUACCUCAAAUCUAAGCUCGAAGAUGGGAUUAGAUUGUGUUGUCCAGUGCAAGUCCGUUAUCGAUCAGGGUUAUACGGUCCGGUUUCAGCUAAAACCAAAAAGCCCGAUUCGACCAUUAAACCUCAAACCCCUUGUUGAACCGGUUAGAGGACUUAAUCCGGAUUGACAACCUUGGUUGUCAUACAUACUGAGGAAAAAUAAAAGGAAAAAACAAAAGGCCACCGUGGCAGUAAGCAACAAGAAGGUUUACGAGAAUGGAGCUGAAAACAGCCAGGUGAUUGGUGCGAAAUCUAUCCACCGCAUCUCCAAAGCAGAUUUCAUCAUCCCACUUGGCUCCCUUCCUAUCCAUCUUUAAGAUUCUCCUUCUUUUCUCCUUCCAUCUGUCAUUAUAAUUUAUAUCCCACCCAUAAGCCGGUCCAUCUCAAGUCUCAACAGAAACAAAGAAAAAAAUAAAGGGAAAACAGAGUAACCCAGAAGUCGAGCGAGCGCGCAUCAGGGUCGUCUCGUCUGCAAUCUAAUCUAUAUGGCUGCAGCAGCUACUUCGGGCGCCGUCCUGAAUGGUACGCUGGGAUCUUCCUUCCUCUCCGGAAGCAAGAAGACCCAAUCUUUGUUCGCUGCCGCUUCCAGAAUCGAUAACAGUACCGCCGCCGCUGGUGGCAGGAAGUUGGUCAUUGUAUCCGCCGCUAAGAAAUCUUGGAUCCCUGCCGUCAAAGGCGGCGGCAACCUAGUCGACCCCGAAUGGCUCGAUGGCUCGCUGCCGGGCGACUAUGGGUUCGACCCCCUGGGGCUGGGGAAGGACCCGGCUUUCCUGAAGUGGUACAGGGAGGCGGAGCUGAUCCACGGGCGGUGGGCGAUGGCGGCGGUGGUGGGGAUCUUCGUGGGGCAGGCGUGGAGCGGGAUCCCGUGGUUCGAGGCCGGGGCGGCGCCUGGCGCGGUGGCGCCCUUCUCGUUCGGGACGCUGUUGGGGACCCAAUUGCUGCUGAUGGGGUGGGUGGAGAGCAAGCGGUGGGUGGAUUUCUUCAACCCGGACUCGCAGUCGGUGGAGUGGGCGACGCCGUGGUCGAGGACGGCGGAGAACUUCGCCAACGCCACCGGGGAGCAGGGCUACCCGGGCGGCAAGUUCUUCGACCCGCUGGGCUUCGCGGGGACGCUCAGCGACGGCGUCUACGUGGCGGACGCGGAGAAGCUGGAGAGACUGAAGGUGGCGGAGAUUAAGCACGCCAGGCUUGCGAUGCUGGCCAUGCUCAUUUUUUACUUCGAGGCCGGCCAGGGGAAAACCCCUCUCGCCGCUCUUGGCCUUUAGAUAGAGUUUGUUGUCCCCCAUUCUUCCUUCCUCUGUUCGUCCUUUUGGCUGUAGAUAUAUAUGAUGGUUAAUCAAAAUUUUAGCGUGCGGUUCAAGUUAAUUAGUCACGCAUUGUGGCACUAAUGACGAUUAGAAUACUGCCUGUCUAAAAUAUGAUAGUGAUCGAGAUAACAAGACGAGUUUAACGUGGUAUUCUCGAUCGGUUGAUUGAUCGAAACCAAUCCACGGGAGAGUGAAAUCACUCUUCGGCUGUAGCUUUUAUUGAUUAUAUGAAUUGAUGGCCGAAGCCUCUCGUUACAUAAACAUAUAUAUACCCUCUUCCACAAUACGUAAUUAGGGUUUCACACUCGGGAGAGGUGUUGGCUAAGAUGCAUGUAUGGGCCUCAUGUGGUCCAUCCGUGGGUUGAGCGGCAUGGGCCGAAUCUGAAGCGGAAGGACGAGCAGCCGAAACACCUACAUCACUAAGAAUGUCUAAAGCAUACUUCCACUGGCACAAGGCGACACCAUCCUUUGUACGAGCGAACUCCAUCCCAAGAAAAUACUGCAACUCACCAAGGUAUUUGAUCCAAAAUUGAGCAUCGAGGAACUGCUUGACCUUGGCGGCAAAAUCCAAAUCGUUGCCAGUAAGCAACACAUCAUCUACGUAAAUCAAAGCCACCACAAAACUGCUCCCCCGGCAUUAGAUGAACAAAGAGUGGUCCGCAGGAGAAGCAUGAAAACCGAGACUACCAAGUGCAAUAGUGAAUUUAUAGUACCAAUUAUGGGAAGCUUGACGAAGACCAUAAAGAGUCUUAUGAAGUCGGUACACCCUUGUGUUGCCAGACUGUGCAAAUGCCUGAGGGAUCUUCAUAUAAACUUCCUCCUCAAGAUCACCAUGGAGGAAUACAUUAUUGACGUCGAGCUGGUGAAGAAACAAUCCUCGACUAACUGCCACUGCUAAUAAGCAGCGAAACGUGACGAGCUUAGCCAUAGGAGAAAAAGUGUCAUGGAAGUCAAUCCCCGCAAUCUGUGUAUACCCUUUGGCGACGAGACGAGCCUUGAAGUGCUCAAUCGUCCCGUCCGGAUAAAACUUGAUUUUAUAA